AUGAGCAUGGCCUUACCGACCGGGAGACAUUCCAUCGCCGUGUGUCAGUUAACAUCGAUGAACAAGUUAGAAGCAAAUUUUGAAACUUGUAAGGAACUUGUCCUGAGGGCUAAGGAGAAGAAAUGUGAGGUAAGGAAAAGAUGGAGGACACUGAUCCAUUUCAGAUGGUCUUCUUCCCCGAAUGUUUUGACUACAUUGGAGAAAAUCGACAGGAAACAAUCAAUUUGGCCUUCAGAGAAGACUCGGACUAUCUCAAAAGAUUCAGAACUCUAGCCAAGGAGAAUAAUGUCUGGCUGUCGCUCGGAGGAUUUCACAACAAAGUAGGCCACCUUACUCGGAUAACCAUGUUAUCUUAGGAGAGUGAUGACAAAAUGCCCUUGAAUACACAUAUUGUCAUCGAUUCUGAAGGGAAUACUCAAGCUCAAUAUCACAAGCUCCAUCUGUUCGAUCUGGACAUCCCGGGUCGAGUCAGAUUAAUGGAAAGUGAAUUCAGUCGAGCUGGAUCUCGCCUGGUUAACCCCGUCCAAACACCCGUUGGAAAACUAGGUCUCUCCAUCUGUUAUGACGUCAGAUUCCCCGAAUUGGCUCUUUGGAACAGGUUUCAAGGUGCUCAGAUAUUGUCGUACCCUUCAAGUUUCACUGUAAACACUGGGUUGGCACAUUGGGAGGUGAGAAAUUUUAUCAAUGCAUUAGUAAAGCAUAAUUUAAAGAGCUUGCUGAGAGCCAGGGCAAUUGAAACACAAUGUUAUGUCAUCGCUGCUGCUCAGACUGGGAAACACAACGAGAAAAGAUCUUCUUACGGGCAUUCCAUGGUCAUUGAUCCCUGGGGUGCGAUCGUCUCUCAAUGCUCGGAUAGAGUUGGUGAGUAUUUUAAGAACUGUGAUCCAGUUAUUCAAUAGACAUUUGCUUUGCCGAAAUCGAUUUGGACUAUGUAAAGGAAGUCCGUGAGCUGCAGCCAGUGAUUGCUCACCGAAGAAACGACUUGUACAAUAUCACUUACAAUACUGUUUGGCCGGGUACGUUAACAAAUGGAUUAAUCAUCUCUUUAGUGACCGAAAAUUUAUACUUCGCGGAAAUUCCGAUUCCUCCAGAACAAGUCUUCAUCAAAUCUGAACAUUCAUUUGCAUUUGUCAACAUAAAACCAGUAGUCGAAGGACGUAAGCACAUUACUGAAAACCGUUUAUUCGAAUCCAGAUGUACUCGUAUCGCCUAUUAGAAAAGUGAAAAGGCUGACGGACCUUGAUGACAAAGAAACAGCUGAUCUUUUUAUCGUUGCCAAGAAGGUCCAGAAGGUUUUAGAGGAUCAUUACAAUCUAACGUCUACUACUGUAUGCAUCCAAGACGGCCCAGAUGCUGGCCAAACUGUUCCCGUAAGGAAAAUACGAAAGCUCCGAAGUGAUUUCCCUUAUUUUAGCAUGUACAUGUGCACAUUCUCCCUCGGAGAAAAGGAGACUUCCAAGACAACCAAAUAUACACCGAGAUCGAGAAGGAAAGAACUCUCCGAGACACAGAAGAAAUGGCCAAGGAAGCUAAGAUCUACAGGGAGAUCAUGAACAAGAUUUAG